GGUAGGAAGGAUGGGAGUACAAAGAAGUAGGGUGGAAAAUACAAAGAGAAAGGUAAAGAGGUCGAAGAAAGGGAGGUUGAUGAUAUGAAAAGAUGGGUGGCAGAAAACUUCGGAAAUUCUUUGAAAAUCCUGACAGAAAAGUUGGAAGUGGUUGAAAAGAAGUCAAAACUGGAGGAAAGUGAGGUGGAGGAACUAAAGAGAUUGAGAGAUGAGAAAUAACUAAGAGAGCUGAGGGAAAGCUCGAGCAAUGAAAAAAGGAAGAAGGACAUGGCAUCGCCAGGACGGCCGCGAGUCGGAAAGGUUAGAUCUCGGUCAGGGCUACUAAGGAAAGGUGAAAAGAAGAAGACACCUGUGGAAGUGUCAUCUGAUAAUGCCGAAAAGGAUGCUGUAGUCCAGAAUUUAAAAGGGAAAUUAGAGGGAUCAGGGGGGAACCUCGAGGAGGUGCUGGUGUUAAAAGAUCUCAUUGAGGAAUUAUUAGCAGCAAAGAGUGUUGCAAGGAGUUCAUCGGGUGGGAUUGGAAUGAGCAUGAAAGGGAAUGAGAAACAGGGAGAACCGGAAAAAGGGGAAAAGGCUAAGGAUGUGGCAGAGAAGAAUGAGGAACCUGAUCUGGCAAUGGGGAAGGAAACCGGGAAGGAGGAUCUUGCCUCUGGCCUGUAUUUCAAAGACAGGGUUGUCUAUUACUGUGCUAUGCAUUAUACUGAGAUUCAACCUCUAUGCAAGAAGAAGGACAUUCCGUACAAAAAGAAAGAUGGGGGUGUAUGGGAAUUGGCGAGACUUAACUUUGAGGUGUUGCAGAAGUUAGAGGACCAGAAGGAAGAGAGCAACACGACUGACAAUGAGACGAGUGAGGACAGCAGCGAGCAUGAGAGCAACUCGGAGUCAGAGAAAGACUCCGGACAGAACGACAUCGCAGGGAUUUGAACGUGCCUUAUGAAAAGAACCCUCUUGAGGGCCUGCAGAAGAAUCAUAGAUAUAUCAAGCAAGUAUGGUCGUGUGUUAGAAAAGGAAGUCAAUGUGGUGUUGAAAUUGCUAGUCCUAAUCCUAUGUUUAAGGGGUUUUAUAAGAUGGGGAAAGGUGUAUGUUAAAUAUUGGGUAAAUAUGACACAUGAGCAAAGUUUAAGAAGUAAACUACUGCAGGCUAG